AUGCAAGAUGCUCCUACGUUCCGACCAAUAACUGAACGGACACGCGUUCCCGUACGAGUUCCAGGGGAACUCUCCGAUGCAAGGCGGCCUGUACUUCAGCGUCAGAAAUCCGAUAUCGCCGUAUCAGUCGAAUCAAAGGCGAACACAAUCCACAUUUACCUCAGGGUGCGCAAUGAGGUUCGAGAGAAGCGUUUCUACCAUGUAAAUUGCCUUAUGAGCACGCGAUGUGCUCAGUCAGCUACUGGAGUACACGUUCGAAGAAAAGAAGUCGGGAUUACCCAUCGAUUAAAUCCAAAUAUUGAAAUGAAAGGCUUGCGUAAUAAUAAUUCAAAUUCGAAUCCAUGA